AUGUCAACAAGCAGUGAUCAAGGAGUAUCGUCAAUCACCGUCUCGGUGGAGGAGAUCGACUCCAUGAUGUCCAAUCAUACGAUGAGGCAUUCUCUGGAAAGAUAUGUCUUUGACAAGAUACACCAGGAUAUUCGGGAGCGGCACUGGAAGCGGAUCUCUGUUCAUGGCCACUACCAGCGCGAUGGGACGGCACGCUUAUCGGUGUUCGAAAAACAAGGCAAACGUUUCAAUUGGCACCGUCCCACGAGCCGAGUCGUUGAUGGCGAUACUUUGGAGAUCAACUGCUUCCCAGGCCAAGCUUAUGUCAAACACAAUGCAUACCUAAUCGCGAUGUAUCUCCGGCUGCAAGAACUACAGUCUCCCUCCACCGAUGGCCCUCCUCUCUCUUUUUCGCGUCCCGUCGUCGAGUAUAGGUUGCCUGGGGUGGAAGACAGCGCUUUGAUAUUUGCGGAAUCCAAUCUGCGGCUCAUGGGUAAAGUUGACAUAGUAGUUCUGGGCUACGCAGAGGCUGUUCUGCCAACGACAGGAGGCGAUUGGGAAAGCGGUACAGUGGAUCCUGAACGGCAGUUAUUUGCGUGGCAAAAAAUCACUCUUCCAGAUGGUAAAGUCGUCUCAUACUUGGGUUGUAUGAUAAGCCUAUGGGGAGAGAUUGUUGGAUCCCUAAUCCGAGUGCUAAAAGAAUUGAAUAAUGCCAGUCAUGUUGUCUUUCUCGGGAAGGCAGGCUCUCUGCGGAAUUAUUCACCAGCCGGUGGCCUGCUCAUUCAACCGAACCGGAUUCUUGUGACGGGUUCAUCGAGUUGCAUGGAACAAGAGCGCCUUCAGUGGUCCAGUCCUUUUUAUUAUGAUACCAGUCGUGAGGGCCAUGGUUCAACAGAACUCGUUGUUGGACAGAACGUGAGUGUUUUCUCGCCUCUUGUGGAAAACGCAGUUUGGUUUGAGCAUUGGCGCGAUAAAGCAGAUUGGGUUGACUGCGAGGUCUUCCAUGCUGCAACAGCUUGUCGACACGUCAAUAUAAAUUUCGGAUAUCUUCACAUCAUAUCUGAUGUAUUGGCAAGAUAUGAGCCGGAGAAUCUGUCGAAUGAGCGAGAUCUUCUGAUUCUGUCUCAUAGACGAUCAGCAUUUGACAGAAUGAAGCGGAUACUGGAUAGUUGUUUGACGAGCCCUCUCUCAGGAAGGAUAUCGCCACAACCUCGUCUCCGAGACAAUGCACAUUGGACGGAUCCAAGCCAUACAAAACACGAGCUUCUCGCCUCCGAGGUCCCUCGCGUGGGCGUGGGCGUAUUCAUCAUUCAUCCCACGAUUCCCAAACCCACCUCUAAGCCGUCUCCAGGAUCCUCGGACGAGACGAGAGCGUGGAAGUUUCUGAUGGGCCAACGGCUGGGGUCCCACGGGAGUGGCACUUACGCUCUCCCCGGUGGACAUCUGGAGUUCGGCGAGACGUUUGAGGAAUGUGCGGCGCGCGAGGUUCUCGAAGAAACGGGCUUGAGGGUACACGACGUGAAGUUCCUGACGGCUACGAACAACGUCAUGGGCGAAGACGAAGGUGGAAAGCAUUAUAUCACUGUCUUUAUGACGGCCAGGGUGACGAUGGACCCGGGGGAUUCUGCUGCCGCCAACGUCGGUGAGGAUGGCUUGCCGAUCGCACGGCUCAUGGAGCCCGAGAAGUGCGCAGGCUGGGAGUGGGUGAGUUGGAGGCAGUAUGAAAUGUGGGCGAUGGCGCAGGUGCGAUGGGGGAAGUUAAACCACGACAAGCAUUCUGAUGGUGGUGGCGAUGGCGAUGGCGAUGGCAGCGGCGGCAAUCAUGUAGAGGGCCGACUGUUGUUUUCGCCGAUGGUAGAUUUACUCGUGCAAAGACCGGGCGUCGUUCCAGAACUGAGAAUGAUUCCGUCGAGGUAG